AGAAAAAACAGGAAAAGGAGGAAGAUUUUUUUUAUAUCUCUUUUUUUGAGGCUUCUUAGCCUGCUCAUCAGUGAUAGAAAGCUGGCGGCCAUGUCAGCUGUAUGGGACACUGACUAUCUGUGGAGGGAGGUCCAAGGGGCAAAGCUGGCCUCUCUCUUUGGUCUGGACCGAGCAGAGAGUCAGGGAAACGAGUCCUUUCAAUUCACUGCCCCUAAACAGCCAAAAAAGACCUGCACCAUAUUAGGUCUGCCUCCUCAGAAGCCAGCCCCUCCUCCAUGUGCUCCAGCUGUGAUGUUUGCUACAGCUGUUCACGCAUUCUGCUUUGUGAAUGGACAGUAUGUGAAGCAAGGCAAGAUAGGAGCUGCUGUUUUAGGGAACCAUGUCACCAAGGAGUACAAGAUUCUGCUGUACGGCAGUAAACAAAAACAGAUCACUACGGCUAGAAUUUAUCGUGGAUUUGUCCUCACAGUUCAGCCCUGUAACUAUGUCACUUUCUAUGAUGACCAGCAACAGAGCUGGUCUUUAAUGUUUGACUCAGAGAAGUCCAGGCCUGAGUUCUGUAAGGAGGUGUGUGUGGCCAGGUGGAACAGUGAGGCUUCAUCAGACUCUCUGGUCACUCAGGACCUGGUCCAAGGCGAAGGUCAAACUGUUGAUGUUGGGGACACAGUGGAGGUGGCCUAUUCUGGAUGGCUUUUACAGAACCAUUCUCUAGGACAGAUAUUUGAUUCCAAUCUGGGAAAAGAAAAGCUGCAGCGAGUAAAACUUGGAGCAGGCAAAGAUCUGAGGGGAUGGGAGGACGGUAUGCUUGGUAUGCAGAAAGGAGGUCGACGGCUUCUUAUUGUCCCUCCUAGUAUGGUUUCAAAGGGCGUCCCUAACCGUGUGCCAGAAGACAGCACUCUGGUCUUUGAUGUAGAGAUUCAUAGAGUUAAAUUCUCCAAAGAGCGACAUUGUGGGGGAUCAGUUGACACCUUCAGUACAUCUCCAGGAACCUGUUCAGACACUCUGAGUGAAGAAAACACCAGCCAGUUGGUCACAAUCGAUACAGAGGAGUCAAAAGACCAAGCUUCUAAGGGGAAGGUGGAAUCUGUAAGUGAAAACCUGACAACUUCAGGUGCAUCCAAAGCCAAGCUGAUCUCACGUAUAGCCAAGAUGGGUCAAGCCAUGCUUCCAUUUCUCACUGGGGCCAUUCCAGCUCAGCCCGACCCCAGUGAUACAGAAACAGAGGAUGCCAGUGAGUCUGUACGUACCUGUGAUCACUCUCCUUCACAUUCACCCUCUUCAAAACCUGCACAAAUGCCAUGCAGUCCUCCAUCUUUGUUGUGUCAGCCUGAUGAUGCUCAGAAACAGGAAGCAGUACCACCUCACGCAGACUCGAACACUACUCAAGGCUUUCAGCCAUAUUCCUUCAGACAAAAUCCAUAUUUUUCAUCACAGCUAAAUUCAUUUCCCUCAGUCUGCCCAUCCCACAUUCCAUACCAAACACCUGAUAUUACAACAUUCUUGAUGUCUGAGGCUCGCCAGCAUAACGCAGAAAUCCUGCUGGCUAUAGAAAAGGUGGCACACAGGAUGGACCAACUCACCUGCAAGGUGGACGAGUUGCAAAAAGAGGGUCACUUCUCUUUUGGACUCUCCUCUGUCUCCUUAGAAACAAACAAGAUCCUGCACAACAUUCAGAGAAUCAUUCAGGAGAACAUGUGUCUGAAGAAGGAGGUUUUGGAGAAGAGUUCUCAGGUGGAGGAACAGAACCACAAAAUAGGGGAGCUGAGUGGACAGAAUAAGAGGAAUAUGGAGCAGCGACAUACUCAGACUCGCCGCCUUCAGGAUGAUCAGGAAAAGGUUCAUUUAUCCGAGGAAUUGAGUUCCUCCACCACACAAGCAUAUCAGCUGCAGCAGGAAAUGGUGAAUCUCCAGCAGAGGGUGACAAAGAUUCAGACUGAUCUCAGUGCGGCCCUGGAGGACAAACACAACCACUGUGCUCAGAUCAGCCUUCUGGAGAAACAAGUGGAAGAGCUUGUGAAGCAAGGAGAACAGUCUGAGCAGCGGUGGAGGGCAGAGAAGCAGAAGUGCAAAGAAAUGGAAACAAUUAUACAAAACAUGGAUGAGGAGAUGCAAGAUCUGAGGGCUGAAAAUGAGAAUCUGGAUCAGUAUGAGGAUUUAAAGAAGACAUCAGAAAAUAAGAAAAAGCAGUUUGAGACCCAGUUGGCGGUUCAGGUGAAGCGAGUGAUGAAUGGAGUGUUUCAGUCUCUCAAGACAGAGUUUGAUUCACAGGAGUCUUACAGUGGACACAUAGUGUGCGGCAUUCUCCAAAACACCAUCAAGAGUAUCACCAUGAAACUCCUCUCAGAACUUUGGGAGAUUGAAUCAGACAUAGAUAAAGUGGAGGAAGAGUACCAACUGAGAUCUGCUGAUCUACUUUCAGAUGGAAAACAUGCAGAAGGAAAACCAUGAAAUGAAGGAAAAAUGUCCAACAAUAAAAGGAAGGUAUUUUUGUGACCAGAACAAUCUGUAGAUCAGGACACCUGCAUUUACUGUACAUGUGGAUACUGCACCGCUGAACCACAGGCAUUGCUUCACAUAUUGAGACCCUGAAAGGAGAAUUGAUACUAACCAAUCACAGUUUAUGAAACUAUAUAAUGUCCAACAAAUGGUUCUUCAGUCAUUAAACUUGAAGAAUCCUAAUUAGUUCUGGUUCACAACAACAGCGUCCUUCAACAGCACAACAGUGAUAUGACUGACAAGGUUGUAAGCAGGGCCUAAAAGUAACUUUUCGCCACACCUGCCAAUGGUCGAUGACUUAAGAAAAUUUUAAUAUUUUUUACCGGCCAUGAAACUUUUUUUGCAAGAACAGGCAGUUGUGACACCAAAAUUUUACAUACCAGUAAAAAUUCACAAUUCCCUAUUCCAAUUCCACAGCUAAAACUACUAGCCUAACUAAUAUAAAUUUAAAACAUUACUAAAGACAAGUAACAAUAGUUUUCAGGUACAGACAUUGAAUAAAGUAAUCAAAUGUAAAAUAACACUGGAUAGUCUUCACUGUAUAAAUUAAACUAGAUUAAUCCUUGUUAAAGUUAGAUAAGUUAUUUUGUUGUUUGAUUAACAUUAAAAACACAGACAUCAACAGAAAUAUUAGGCUGCUGUUACUUUAAGACUGAUGCGUGUAUACACGUGCUUUGUCUUUCUCUACUGUUUACAUUCACUUAAGCCAAAACUGACAAUGUUUACUAGGGUACUCGCUGAGACAGGCAUUUGUUGAUAAUAUUUAGUGUGAAUUUGUCCUUUCAAGCACAAAAUGACGAGAAAGAGCUCAAUUCAGUAUUCGCACACUGUCUGAGAUGCAGUUUUAAGGAAUUGAGUUCUUUUUCGCAUCUUGAUUGACACUGUUUCAUAUACUUGCCAAUGCUGAUUUUUACUUGCAUUUGGCGCUUGGUGAGUGUUAAUUUUAGGCCCUGGUUGUAAGUUAACUAGAUGCAAUAUUUACUUGUACAUGUUUGAACAAUUGUCUUAAAAGAACAUCCUCUAAUUUGAUAUUUGGGCUGUAUUUAUAAUAGAGCUGUCAAUCAGUUAAAAAACAAUUAACUAAUUAAUUGCACAUUUUUUUGUAAUUGAUCAUGAUUAAUUGCACCUAACAUUAAAACUUUAAAUAUUUAUAUAUUGUAAUAAUUUCACAUUGAAUCUCCAAAUUAAUGUUGAAACAACAUAAACAGUAUAAUUGAAAGCCAUCAUUUUAACAUUUAAUUCUCACUUAAUAAUAUUGGGUUUAAAAUAGCCCAACUAUGAUGAUUUCAGACAAUAAUAACACAACUACAGAUU